CGGAUGUGCAGUUCCAGUGUGAAAUACAGCGGAACAAUAAGAAAAGCGACACACAAAGGAACAAAGGAAUUUAGAAAGAAGAACAGUGUUGGAGUGGAACAGAAAAUUUUCUCAUUUAGAGAAGUUUUCUGGAAUAUCGCCUUAUAUCUUUUCUAGUCGAAAAGUGUAUAAAAUAAUAAAUUAAGUACAUAGCCCUGUUGAAAACUGUUAGAUUUUGUUUCCCUUCAACCAAAUAUCAAAACCUUAAUUAGUUGGCGUAAAAAUGGCUUUGAAAAGAAUCAACAAGGAACUACAAGAUCUUGGCAGAGAUCCACCGGCACAAUGCUCAGCCGGACCAGUUGGCGAUGAUUUAUUUCAUUGGCAAGCAACAAUAAUGGGACCUCCGGAUAGUCCAUAUCAAGGUGGUGUGUUUUUCUUAACAAUUCAUUUUCCAACAGAUUAUCCAUUUAAACCACCAAAAGUUGCUUUCACAACUCGCAUAUAUCACCCGAACAUUAAUAGUAACGGUUCGAUUUGCCUCGACAUUUUAAGGUCGCAAUGGUCACCAGCACUGACUAUUUCUAAAGUUUUACUAUCAAUUUGCUCUCUUCUUUGUGACCCGAAUCCAGACGAUCCACUUGUUCCUGAAAUUGCAAGAAUAUAUAAAACUGAUCGAGAAAAAUAUAAUGAGCUAGCACGAGAAUGGACUAGGAAAUAUGCUAUGUGAUGCGUUCCAGUUUAUAAAACCGAUCCGUCAUGUAAAACAAAUAUAAACGUUAAAAUAAAAACAGUUAAAAGAUACAAACAAAAGCUCUCCUACACAUUUAUUAUUUUUAAAAAGGAAACAAAAUAAAUUCAAAUAUUCAUUUAAUAA